AUGACCUCUGAAAGCUACUAUUUCAUACCUCUCGAAGAUCAAGCCAGAUACUCGGUGAAAAGCAUGGAUCGACCCCAUUCCCCCGCCCAGCUCUGGUCUUACCGUGUUCCCUCUCCUCCACGCCUUAUUGUACCUCCACCUAAUCUCUCUAUUACUGGGACACCGGAGCUCCAGAUAUUGCAGAAUGCUGCUCAUAAUUUUGAAUCCUCUGGCUUCGCCAACACCGAAUUUCUGAAAACCGUCACGUACAACAACUUCAUCAAGACGAAUACGAUGCUGGAAUGGCAGUACGAAGACCGACGGAAUGCUCAGCAGGUGCUGCCAUUCCUGUACCUUGGUCCAAGUUCUGCCGCUCGCGAUACACAAUUCUUGCUAAGAGAGGGGAUCACAAUGGUGAUAGCUGUCAGAAACAUCCUGAUUGCCCAGGCACGGAUGCUGUGGAGCAAGCCUGCAGAGGCUCUGAAUUUGGAGAUGAAGGCCAUCGAUGUAGCAGGAAAUCAAGAGUUAAUCGCACAAUUUUCAAGAGGGAUCGAAAUGAUCAACGAACAUCUGAGCCGAGUCUAUCGGAAUACUGGCCCCACAACGGCGAACGGGAGCGACGGUGUAGGGAGAAAAACGGGAAAGAUCCUGAUAUUUUGCGAAACCGGAAACGAACGCUCGGCUGCUCUCAUUGUCGCCUAUAUCAUGGCCAUGUACUCGCAUGAUGUCGUGACCGCUAUCCAGAUCGUACAAGCGCAGCGUUUCGCGGUAGCCUUUGAUGAUUCUUUGCGCAACACACUUUUGACAUAUGAAGGGAUUUUAAAGGCGCAAAGGGAUUCAGUUCAGGCAACAAUGUCUCAAGCGAGCCACAAGCAGAAAGCUGUGGCGUUGGGACCAGCAAAUGGCAAAAUUAAAAGGAGCUAUGAGGACUACGAUGACGAAGACAUGGAUAUGGAGAUGGAUGGGGAUGGGCAAGUCGAAACAAAUGGUGUUCUCAGCAGGGAAGGGUAUGAGCCUUUCCAUCAGUGA